AUCUGGACAAUGCGGUGAUUAGUGAUAAGGUCAUCCAACCAUAGUGAAUCGUGAUGAAAGGAAUCAUUCAAGGUUGGAGAAGUGACCUUGAUAGUCCCUCCAAAGGUAAAGAUCAAGAUAAGGAAGAACACCCAGAUAAACAAUUUUCUGUGACAGCUACUGUUGAGGGUCCUAGUAAUGAUAAAGCAGUCCUUGUAGAGAGCAGUUCAAGUUAUACACCAUGUGGGAAAAAUAUAGAAAACUGGCUCUUGAGUCCACCAUCAACUGAUUCUCCAUUAUCACAAGAAGUGAGUACUGAUAGUAACUCACCAGCAAAAGGAGCAGACGUUCAUGACUCACCACAAGAUAAGAGUAAUUAUGACCAACCUGAGUUUGCGCAACCUCAGCCGGCAAAGUUUGAAAAUUUACAUUUAUUGGUAACAAGUGCCUUAGAAAUGAUGACCGAUAAAGUACCAGCCCCUACAGACCUAUCUACAUAUAGGACACUUGACACGGGUGAUUAUGAAUCACCUACCAACUUACAACCACUUAAAAACACGGGUACAUAUUUAUCAAAUAAACGCAAGUGCAAUAGUAGUGAUAGAGUUGAAUUAAAAAGAGUCAAUUUGAACUACCAAGCUGAUAGUGUAGAUCCAAUCAACAGACCAGCAACAGUCACUAGUGAGGAAAUGAGAGCUGAAGUCAAUACAGAACCACCUCAGGAUGUGAUAUUCACUGAACUGCAGGCUGUUGUAAAAUCUGAAAUCACUGAUGAUGAACACCUUAAUUCCACUUGCUUAUACUCAGAAAUACACAACCCGAUUAUUCCAAUGAAUCCACAUACUGACAUUGCAGAUCUCACAGAUAGGGAAAUACAGGAACCUAUGAUACAAUUACCAAAAAAGAAAGCAGUGAUAAAGCCUCGUGGACUGUAUAAUGAAGGAGGUCCUGUGGGGCAUGAACUAUUGCCUUGUAAGAUCUGUGGUGGAAAAGCAUCAGGCCUACAUUAUGGUGUCAAUACCUGUGAAGCUUGUAAGGCUUUUUUUCGCAAGAGUCAGUUAAAACAUACAACAUACAAGUGUAUAGGAUCUGGUGCAUGUCACAUAGGCUCAGGGCAUAAGAAGGGUUGUACUAGUUGCAGAUAUAAAAAGUGCAUAGCUCAGGGGAUGUCUAAAAAUGCCAUACGCACAGGGCGCUAUACUUACGCUAAGAAAAAUGCAGACAUUAUGCUGAUGAAGCAGAUGAAACAAGACGCUGCCAGUGCCGAGAAUGACCUUAUAAAGGAAGCUCGUAUAGUAAUGUAUGAGAAGAUCACAGAUGAAUUGGAGACUGCUUCUAGUUUAAUGGACAAAGGGAAGCAAAUUGAGAAGGUCACACAAAGUAAAACUGGAGCAGCUCAAUUGAUGGAACGCCAUGCAGAACUUCAUAGACUAAAACAAGAGACCUUCAAUAUCAAACAACUAUCUGUUCAAGAAUACCAGGAUUUCUAUAUGAAGACUGGCAUUGACAUUGAUGGUAGGAAAUCUGUUGCUCAGGACAUUAACGAUUCUGUUGAAUCCAGUAGUCAGGCAUCAUUGAGAUUUGCUCAAUCUAUUCCAUUCUUCUCUUCGCUUGUCAAAGAAGACCAGUUAGCUCUAGUCAGAGGUGCAACUGUGGAGAUGGGUGCACUCAAUUCAUACUCUGUUUACAAGAAAGAUUCCCACAUAGUGCUCAACCAUAAACUACAACCCAAACAUCUGGAUGAGCUUACCAAUAUAUUAACAAAGCCGCAAGAGACCAUUGAAAUGAUGGAUGAUACGAUGUCUACACUGAGGAGUAUGGACCUCCAGCCCAAUGAAAUGGGACUUUUAAAGGCCUUGUGUAUUCUAAUCUCAGAUCCCUCAAACCCCAAAGACAAAAAUGGCUGUACUCUUAAGAAUCCAGAGAGAGUUGAAGAAUAUAGACAAGCCACAUUUGAAAUACUUCUCUAUUGGAUAAAAAAGCAGCAUGCUAGACCAUAUCAAAUCCUUGGAAAGAUAAUGGAUUUCAUCUGGAAGUGUCGACAGCUCCGUCACAAGCAUACAUCAGAAAUUCAAAAGAUUCGAAAGGAAUACCCAAAUUUGGAUUUUAUGGAUAGAUUACCCGUUUUAUAGAUAUAAGUACAGUGUGCUUAAGUUCGACAGAAGAUUUCCUAAUAUGGAUUACGGGUACAAGAGUUAAUAUCAUCUUAAUUUGCUCACUAUUUUGGAAUUCGCAACUUUGGAACUUGCUCAAUGUAACAUAUUAAAGACUCGGAUCUGACCAUAUAAUUAAUAUCUAAUAUAUAUAUCUCAGUAUACUUUGGAGUUUUAUCAAUGUGUAUCAAUUUUUGCGUGUUACUAUAUUUCGCAAAUUUUGGAAAAUCUUGACUGUUCCAUUCUCCUUCA